CGAGUUAGCAUUUUGGCACUUCCGGUUCCCUCGUCAAUUUACUUUUUUAAUGGUUUUUUAGUUCGGUGCGGGAAAUGACGUCUGUGGUUGUUAGCAGCUGGGAACCAGUGGGACGCUAACUUCCGGUGUCGGCGUUUGCCAACAUAACUGACACGCCAGCGAGCCAACGACUGGCCGUGACGCGCAUGCUCUCCUCCAAUCACCUAACGGGAAACCCAGUCGCCGGGUCUUUGACGAAGACUAUUCCACUUCACCGCAACGUGUAUUUUCUAGAAAGCAAAGACUCGGCUCACUUUGUGUACGAUGGGCCGCCGCAAGUCAAAGAGAAAGCCCCCUCCGAAGAAGAAGCUGACGGGAGACCUGGACUCUCAGUUCACCUGUCCGUUCUGCAACCACGAGAAGUCAUGUGACGUCAAAAUGGAGAGAAGCAGAAACACUGGAAUCGUAUCAUGCACAGUCUGCUUGGAGGAGUUCCAGACCCCUAUUACCUAUCUGUCGGAGCCAGUUGACGUGUACAGUGAUUGGAUAGAUGCCUGUGAAACAGCCAAUCAGUAGCCCCCAUGGAGCUGGGUGACUUUCAGGAACUUGAAGAGGAGACUGAGGAGGCGGCUCAUUAGCAAAAAGCUGUUCAGAGGACUUUAAGGGAACUUAACUUCUUUUUUUUCUAUUUUCAAUAUUGUUCGUUUUUUGGUUUGGGUCUUUGAAAUCCUAUUUUUAAAUAGUAUUAAUAUGUUCUGCUUACUUUUAUUUUGAACUUCUAGAUAUUCUUAAAUGCUGAAAUAAGAUGUUUUUUGUUUUUGUUACGACCUGGAAAGGGCUCCCAUCUGGGCAUUUUAAUGUGAGAUCAAUAGAGAGUUAAAUCUUUUUGGGUAGCAUUAAGAUAAAGAGACCUGUGUGGAUCUCAUUCUCUUAUCAUACACACAUUGACAGUUCAAGUGUGAUGUCACUGCUGGUGUCCACAGUCCUCCUCAUCCUCAUGAAGACAGUUGGGUCACAACAUUAUGUCAUGCCACUGGUUAGAGGUACAGGAAUGUGUAGGAUUAACGCGUUACUGCUAAAGCCAAAGGUUUUGACUUGUUCUUGAAUCAAUCAUUUUUUUUCAUUUCAUUGUAUGUUUUGGACUUGCAUGUUCAAAUAAAAGAAUCACAUAAAGUUAUCUUUGUUAUGAA